AUCACGUCUGACGACACUGAGGCGGAAGCGGGACGAAAACAACAACCAGUUUUUUUCAUAUUCUGAGCUUUUUUAAAGAGCACUACUAUAUACAAUGGACGUGGUGGAGACCAAACUCCCAGGGUCCCCUGGGCCCAAAGGUAUCCAUGGAGACCAAGUAAUGCAGACCCUGAGGGUGGUGAAGCAGGAGGACUGUGGGCCCCUAACAACACCCCUAACAACGUACCUGAGUUUUGCCCAUGUGAAAACAGAAGAAGAGGAGGAAGAGAUAUGGGGUGUGGCUCACCCAAGUACAGGGUUCUUCAACGUCAAGAAGGAGGAAGAGGAAGAAGCCAUAGUAUAUCCUAUACAGCCUAGUGAGUACAGCAUCACAGAGGAAGGAGCCAUAGUAUAUCCUAUACAGCCUAAUGACAACCCAAGCCCCACUUCUGACAUUACCAGCCACAGUUCUGACGACUCCAGCCCUGACAAUGGCCCUCGAGCCACCCCUGACAAGAACAACCCCCGCCAUAACAACGACCCCAGGUCUGGCCCUGCCAGUGGAGGGGCAUCGGACAAGGACCCUGCAUCCGGAGAGGAAGAUGAGGAGGGAGACGAGAGGAGCUCCCAGAUCUCAGCAAACCCAGGGACUAAGCCCAACAAGACCAAAGGCGGUCAUCAGAGGCCGUUCCCCUGCUCUAGGUGUGGGAAGCGUUUAUCCACCACUGUUAGCUUAGACAAACACCAGAUCAUCCACACCCGACUGAGGCCGUACCCCUGCUCCGUACCGGCCUGCACCAAGAGGUUCUGCUCACCAGCCGAGCUGAAGAGACACACACUCACACACACAGGAGAGAAACCAUUCCCCUGUACAGACUGUGACAAGAGCUUCACCAUACUGGCUGCGUUAAAGACCCACCAGAGAACACACACAGGAGAGAGACCUUACGUCUGUGAGGGUUUUGCCCAAACGGGGAACCUGAGAUCCCACGAGCGCAGGCACACCGGAGAGAGACCGUUCUCCUGCUCUUUCUGUGGGAAGACAUUUGUCGAGUCUGGCCACCUGAAGAAGCACCAGCGUAUCCAUACAGGAGAGAAGCCGUACCACUGCAGCAGCUGCCCCAUGAAGUUCCCUUCCUCCAGCGAGCUCAGGGUCCAUGAGAAGAUCCACAGCCAGGACAAGCCUCACAGCUGCUCCUACUGCGACAAGGCAUUCAAACAGCUGUCCAACCUCAAGCUCCACCAGAGAAUACACUCUGAGGAGAAGCCUUACGUCUGCUCCUACUGCGACAAGACCUUCCGUGCUCAGGGGACCUUAAAGGUGCAUCUGAGGACUCACACAGGAGAGAGGCCUUACCCCUGCUUAGACUGUGACAAGCGUUUCAUCACGUCCUCAGAGUUAAAGGUGCACCAGAGGAUUCACACAGGAGAGAAGCCCUUCUACUGCUAUGACUGUGGGAAGAGUUACUAUCAGCUGAAGCAGCUGAAGGAACAUAUGAAGUUCAACCCGGACCACAGCACCACACGUAGCGGACUCAAUAACAUAGAGGACGAGGACAAGCUCUACUCUACGUCACACGAUGAUGAUGUAACGAUGUCUUGAUUUUUUUUUUAGUUGGCUAGAAACAGACAUAUUUUAUUUUUUUUGCCUUUAUUUAACUAGGCAAGUCAGUUAAGAACAAAUUCUUAUUUAUAAUGACGACGCUGGGCCAAUUGUGCGCCGCACUAUGGGACUCCCAAUCAUGGCCGGAUGUGAUACAGCCUGGAUUCAAACCAGGGACUGUAGUGACGCCUCUUGCACUGAAAUGCAGUGCCUUAGACCACUGUGCCCCUCGGAAACCCCCUCCCAAAAAAUAUAUAUUUAUCAUCCUCAGUGAUGCCAUCGAUGCCACAUCAUUGGAAAGAGUGACCAAAUUGUUAGAAAAAUAUAUAUCACAUUACUUUGCUAGCACUCUACUCGUUCCGUGAUGACGUCACAGUGGUGAUGUCAACAUGUCUAUUAGAAUGUUCUGUCGUUGCACUGAACAGACACGAGGUCAAUGCUCUGUUUAAGAUGCCGAUAGAAUGAUCCUUUUGAUUAAAUGUUUUGAGACAUUUUUUUUAGGUUGUUUAGAAACUGACAUUACAUGAAAGACACAUUUUACUACGUUUCCAUUACAGUUUUUAUGUGUGUAAAGUCAUACUGUAUAAACCAAAAAAAGAAUGA